UUCCAAGGCAUCAACUUCCCUAUGACGUUGGACCAGAUUGGGAAAUUUGAGAAGAUGAAUAAUCUCUCAAUCAAUGUCUAUAGCGAGAAGGAGGAAGUCAUUCUACCAGUCCGCGUGAGCAAGGAGAAGAAAGAGCGACACUUCAACUUGCUUUACAUCGAAGACGUGUCGGGAUGUGGAAUUGGACACUUCGCGUGGAUCAAGAAUUUAUCCCGGCUCGUCAACUCACAGCUCAAUUCUGAUGGGCACAAGAAAUACAUCUGUGAUCGAUGCCUUCAUUACUUCCCAACCAUUGAUAAGCUGCAGUUCCAUGAGGUGGAUUGUGGCGUUAUCAACGAUUGUGCCGUUCGACUACCAGCUGAGAACGACAAGUGGUUGGAGUUUACCAAUGCCAAUCGGAAGGAGCGUCUCCCGUUCGUGGUAUAUGCCGACCUCGAAUGCAUCUUGGAGAAGACCAGCGCUGAAGAAAGGGAGAAAAAUAAGAGCCAACAUCAUCGCGUCUUCAGCGUUGGAUAUUAUGUAAAGUGCUCCUACGAUGAUUCGCUUUCGGGAUACCACGAACGCCGAGGUGAGGACUGCGUGGAAUGGUUCGUAGAAGAACUUAAACAAUUAGCUUUGCGCGUAGAAAAGAUUCUUCUUACGAACGUUCCGAUGAAAACAUUAAGUCCGCAAGAGUGGAGAAAAUUUCGGGAAGACAAAAAGAGUCUAAACAAAAAGAAAAAAUACAGAAAUUCAAAUUCUCGAAAACCGGAAAUGGGAUUGGGACCGUAG